ACUAAGGAAGAAGAAGAAGAAGAAGUAGUGGCUCGUGUGUGUAUAAAAAUGAGUGAGUUGGAGGCAUGGUACAUGGAUGAGUCCCGCGAGGACCAGAAGCUGCCUCACAGACUGGAGCCGAACCAGCGCGUGACUCCCAGACAGCUCGAGCAGAUCGGAGUUUAUCACUGGAAGUUAAAUGCUGAUAUUUAUGAAAAUGACCCUGAACUGCAGAAGAUCCGUGAAGAAAAGGGUUAUUCCUAUAUGGAUAUCAUAACGAUUCACCCAGAUAAACUUCCUGAUUAUGAGAACAAAGUGAAAAUGUUCUAUGAAGAACAUCUUCAUCUUGACGAUGAGAUCCGCUAUAUACUGGACGGAUCGUCUUACUUCGAUGUGAGGGGCAAAGAUGAGCGCUGGAUCCGAAUAGCUGUAUCUAAAGGGGAUCUCAUCACGCUGCCGGCGGGAAUUUACCACAGAUUCACCGUUGAUGAAAGCAACUACACUACAGCCAUGCGUCUGUUUGUCGGUGAACCGGUCUGGAAGGCCUAUAACCGCCCAGCUGAUGACUUUGACAUCCGUAAAGCCUAUGUGAACUCCCUGAGGUGCUCUUCAGAUGCAUGAUGGGAUUGGUUUAGUUGGUUUAGUUCAUCAGUGAUGAUCAGGAGAAUCAAACUCUGCAGUGCCUUGACACGGGUUACAAUCAUGAGAGCUAGAUCUAAUAAAUCAUUCAUUACUUUCUAUUAAAAGAUGCUGGGAACCACUAAAAGCUGAUCAGUUUUCAUGAAUAAGACUAAUUUACAUUAUAUAGUUGUACUGAUUAUAAUAAAGUUAUACUGCAAUGCAACAACAAACUGUCAUGGUAAAGAAGACAUGUUAGAAAAAGUCUGAUUAAAUGAAAACGUGUUUGUCUGUAUGAUCACUAAUAUGCUUCCAGUUUAGCGUAUGUGUUUGUUUUACUAUUCAUAUCGCAACAGUAAAUAAGCAUGUCUUUAUAUAGAAAUAUUAUGCUAUUAAUUAGCUUAAAAGAGACUGACUCCUAGUUUGAUGAUCUUAACGCAUUUCACAGAUUUCUUUGUUCAUUGAUUAAAUAAAAGAGUAUUUUCUCUGCA